AUGGUGCGGACAUUGCGAAGUAACGGUGUGGGUUCAGGGGCAGUAACGGAAACCCCAAAAGUUGCAAAUGGCACAGAUACACCUAAAGAGACUAUGAAAAGUCUACGGACGCCACAGGAAAAGUAAGAAUUUUAUCUCUUAUCUUUUUGUUUUAGGCAAGAUAGUAUGGUUAAUAUCGACUUUUUGGAGAGCUAAAUGUAGAUUUUUCGAACGUUUUUUAUAUUAAAAGAUGAAGAAUUAAACAAUCUUUUUAAUUUUGUAAAUUUCAAAAAGCGAGCAUGCUGCUUUAAUGAUAUUAAUCUUGACCGUUAGUGUAAUAUUGAAAAAUUCCGAAAACCCACUUAAUUUUAACUUUUUUAGAUCAAAACCCAAUAAAACCUUGAAUGAAUCAGCUGAAGACGCAAAGUCAACGAAGAGCGACAACAAUGGAAAAACAGACACACCAGUGAAAAGCUUUGCCUUCCUUCUACAACAAGGUAUUAUUUCUAAUGAUGCGGAGAAGGUGUUUAGCGCGAUAAAAGCGUCUGCUAAGGACAGACCAUCAUCGUUUCAAACAGCUACUGAUUUGGAUGUGUCGAAGGUCAUUCCACUAUUACAGUUGAUCAACAGAGUGUUCAGAGAAGGGCAAAAGAAGCGAGUUACUUCCGUUUACCUGCGAGAUCUUAAAUAUUGGAUCGAUUUCUUGGAGGUCACACUCCAGGCUCAUGCCACUUUCUUGUCUACAGUGAGUUCAAUUUAUGGCAACUGUUUAUGCUAUUUUUUGUCCUAAUAAUUCCAUUUUUGUGGUUUUCUAUCUAUUAUAUUAUAUUGUACAUGAUGUAUCAAUUGAUUUUUCACUAUUUCUAACCACUUUUUUAGGUAACGAAUCUGAAUGAACAAAUUGGAGGCCUUAUCGAAUAUGUUGAAGCAAGGACGUCAAAUCUGGAGAAGUUGAUGAAGCUUGACGGUAAAAUCACUUUCUUCUGUGAGCAAAUCCAACGACGAUUGAAUCCUGUAAAAUAUGUUGAACAAGCACCUCAAGUCUUGUUUGAAGGUAAGAAUUUUAUGUUGUCUUGUCGUUUAGAGUUUUGGCUAUCUUUUCAUAUUAAACUCAAAAAAAUUCUGUAUUUAUAACAGUAGCUACCGUUGAAAAUGUCAGGGAAGGUUAUUACACUAGGUUUUUAAAGUUUUGGGCCAAAGAAGGUCUGUAAAUGUGACGUAUGGAUAGAAUAAUACUUUCAGAUGACUUAUCAGAUUCCGACAUCGACCCAACAAAGGAACAUUCGGCCGAGAUUCACGCGGAUUCAGAUGAAGAAGCGGAUUGGUUCGGCGACGACGACAAAGGGCUAGAAAACUUGAUGGACGAGGAAGAAGAUGAAGACUAA